CCGCGGUCGGGCGGUCAGGGGGCGGCGCUUGAGGGGUUAAUGGGUGGGUGAGGCGAGGAGGGCACCCGCCCGAGCUCUGCCUGUCGGGAAGAGACGAGUCCCAGCGGCGGGGAGGGAGAGCGAGAGCCCCCUCCCCGUCCCUUUCCGCUCCAUUUUCGGGGGUGGCGCAGGGCGGUCUUGGCCGUGCAGGGAGACCCUUUGCCGCUUUCCCUGCCCCCCACCGCGCCCCACAGCAGGUUGCGCCUGUACGACUCCUCCGGGGCAGACCCACCGCUGCAAAGCCAAACACGGGCUCCCUGGGAAAAAGCGCCGGGCGCUUUCCGAUGCCCGUCGUCUCGGCAAAACCGGGCGGUUGCUCUUUGUCCUGGGAGCAACGCUGGGUAGCCCUGCUACCUCCCCUUCAGUGGUGUGUGGUGAAAACGGGAAUAGCCUGCCUUCAAGUCGAUCCCGACUUAUGGCGACCCUAUGAAUAGGGUUUUCAUGCUGACUAGAGAUUUAAGUCACCCGUCCUUAGAGGAGGAAAAGAGAAAACACAAAAAGAAACGCCUGGUGCAGAGUCCAAAUUCCUACUUCAUGGAUGUCAAAUGUCCAGGAUGCUACAAGAUCACCACAGUGUUCAGCCAUGCUCAGACAGUGGUGCCCUGUGUAGGAUGUUCGACAGUCUUGUGCCAGCCCACGGGAGGCAAAGCCAGACUCACAGAAGGUUGCUCAUUUAGAAGAAAGCAACACUGAAUGAUUUCUGUGCUGCUGUAUGUGACACCGCUGGAAGCCUUAUCUGUUUGACAAUGCUGCUUAAUCUAGCAAGUUAAUUAUGUUUAGCUUUGGGGGAAGAAUCCCAGAAAACAGCAAAGAAUUGACUUCUCAUAUUUUGGGCAGAUUUUGUAUAUAUAUUUUGGAGUAACCAAACUCUAGUUUUGUAGUUUGUAUUAUGAAAUAGACAUUAAAUGAAUAGGGCUUUACUUGUUAAGAGAAAUUUCCACAGGAAAGGAGGCAUUUUAAUAUUUUAACCCUGCUGAUUUUGCAGCUACAGGGCCUAGCCCUCUUGGAACCUCUGCUUUGCAAAUCCCCACCAAAAUGAAUACAAGCUAUGCAAGAUCAUUAUUAUUGGCUUAUUGCAAAAAAACCAUUUUGUUUCAGUCAAGUCUUGCCCAGAAGUUCCCAGUAGACACUAAUACUUGUUCCUGCCUUGUCAACUAACUGCACAACACUUGAUAAACCUGUGAAGAACCUGCUUGCAUUGUUGCAUGUUUCACUGGCAAGUUAUGCUGUGAUGCAGCCCCUUUAAACUUCUCUGGUUUUUCUUUAUGGGGAGGGAUCAUAGUUCAGUGUCGGAGCACAUGCGUUGCAUGCAGAAGAAUCCCUGACACUUCCUGUUAAAAGGGGCAGAUGAUGGGAAAGGCCUUGGAGAACCUAGUAGAUGGUAGCUGCCAAUGUUCUUGGACUGUUUGGCCAUGGGCUGUGUGGCCCCUGCCUUGACCACCUUCUGCCACCCUGAACUGCUGUUUCUAACCUGUACUGGGCGGUUGGUAGAAUGACAUGCACUUUACUGGCUGUGGCCAGCAGAGCAAAUAACUGGUUUAAGGAACGUAUCAAUCAUUAAGCUAAUUCACUGCAAAUUACCUUUAAUCAUAAUUGCUACAACCUUUGUGUUAUUCUUCACUGAUAAUGUAUAAAAUACCAUCCUCAAAAACAGCAUUGAAGCUGUGGCACCUGUUUGGAAGAAUCUUAGUUGAUCAGUAAUUGUCUCUCUUUCCUCAAAUGAAACUAUUUUGUGCUUUUUACUAGUUUGUCUGCAUCAGAAUAAAUAAACUGCUUGAGAUGUGA